CAUUAAAUUUAGGGUCGACAGGCCUUCAAUUCUCAUCAUUUGUUUAUGUCGACAGGCCUUCAAUUCACAUCAUUUGUUUAUGUCGACAGGCCUUCAAUUCACAUCAUUUGUUUAUGUCGACAGCCCUUCAAUUCUCAUCAUUUGUUUAUGUCGACAGGCCUUCAAUUCGCAUCAUAUGUAUUUGAAAAACCCUGAAUUUUUAAAGCAAAUUAUGUACAAAAAGUUCAUUGUAUUUUUCUAUUCAUGUAAUGAAAUUUACUCUGACAAAACCUUUUUAAAUUUCCAGAAAUGAAUGAAAAAUUACCACGGCGUGACAUCCAUCCCUCCCCAGGUUCACAAUUGAAGAUUCCUAAGGAAGAUUUGGAGGCCUAUAAAGGAGCAUUUGAUGCCUUCGAUUGGAAUCAUAGUGGAAAAAUAUCCUACAGCUCAUUACAGUCUGCUAUGAGACGAGCUGGGCAGAAUCCUACUGAUAUUGAGGUGUCAGAUCUGAUCAAUAAUAUCCAUGAUGGAUCCGGGUACUUAGAGUUUCAGAUCUUCUGUAAGAUACUGACUGACAGGGCUCGAGAUAUGGAUCUGGAAGUAGGAUACAAGGAAUGUUUCCGUGUGUUCAGUAAGGAUGAGGAAGGAUGUAUCCCAGCUGAAGAAAUUAAGUUUGUUUUGAUGCAUCUUCCAGGAAAAAUAACGUACAAGGAGAUAGAUGAGAUGAUUGCUACAGUUGACAGAAAUGAAGAUUGGAAAAUAAGUUACUCCGAAUUUAGGGUGAUGUUGGGUGCAAUACCUUUAGUUCUAACAGAUCCUAUCAAGAAAAAUAAACGCCAGGAACCAGAAAAGGUUGACCUGCAUACAUUCACCAAGAAUUAUGAAGAAAAAACGGAAACAAAGCCUUAAUAAGAAACUAAUAUCCUCUAGAGAUAUCACACUAUGCAUGCCGACAUGCUACAUAUGUAAUGAAUUCAAAAUUUUCAUCAAUUGUUUCUGAAUGUAUCUCACCAAAGGAACUGAUUACUUGCCUAAAAUUCUAAUUGAGGAAUACCUAUCUUAGGACUCUAAUAAAUAGGAUUACACAACUAACCCCUGCUGAUAUAUUGUACUUAAAAGCUGUACCGUAAUUAUAUUUGUGAGUGCAGUAACAAACAUAAAAACAAUGUAACUAACCCCUGCUGAUGUAUUGUAUUUAAGAGCUGUACCGUAAUUAUAUUUAUGAGUGCAUUAACAAACAUAAAAACAAUGUAACUAACCCCUGCUGAUAUAUUGUACUUAAGAGCUGUACCGUAAUUAUAUUUGUGAGUGCAGUAACAAACAUAAAAACAAUGUAACUAACCCCUGCUGAUAUAUUGUACUUAAGAGCUGUACCGUAAUUAUAUUUGUGAGUGCAUUAACGAACAUUAAAACAAUGUAACUAACCCCUGCUGAUACAUUGUAUUUAAGAGCUGUCCGUAAUUAUUUUUGUGAGUGCAGUAACAAACAUAAAAACAAUGUAACUAACCCCUGCUGAUAUAUUGCAUCGUUCUAAAUGCAGAAAAUUUAUAAGUUUGAAAUUUUAGUUUGAUUUCUGUUUGAAAUAUAUUAAACUAAUAUCUGUA